GUGUUUCCGGUGGCGGCCACAGUCGCUGCAAAUCUUAGAACCAGACUCGCAACUGUAUGAAAAACAGCGCAUAAAUGUGGAGAUAGUUUAUUGUCUUUAAUUUGGUGUCUUCGACCUGCGGUACGGGAGUCAGUCGGCCCUGCUGAAGCCGAAGAUGUACCGGCGUGGUAAACGUGCACACGGGCCGCCGCCGUUUGGACCUCCACCUCCCCAUGUUCCUCCGUACAGACUCGGAGGGUCCUGCGGUGUGCCUUCUACCGGACACCUGCCACCUACAUCUUGCGGACCAUUUCCGACCUCAGCGCCGGAUAGCCAUUUCCUCCACAGCAGGCCACCGACAGGACACUUCAUCAAUCCCCACUGUAGCAGCUUCUCCAUAGACCAUAGUUCAGUGAUUGCUUUGGGUGGCAGCCAGCAGAUCGUCCCUCCCUCACAACAACCGCACAUUCAGGUCCCACAGUGGAAUCCAAUUCCUGUGGAACAUCAUUCUCCAGACAGCAGUGAACGAGCUGGUGAGGAAUUCCUGAGAUGCAUUGCAGCCAACAAGCCUCUCCCAGACUAUCUCAAAGGGAACAUGGCAUACAACCUGGCUGAAGCAUUUAACUCGGCUAAUGUCCUGAAAGAAGCAGUCAAAUCCGACCCCGAGUUCCAGAAGCAUGGGACCAGGAGCAAAAGCCGCAGUCGAAGCCGCGGCAAAUCUAGAGCCAGGAGCCGUGGCCGAAGCAAAAGUCGGCCUCCCAGCCGAAGCAGAGGACGAAGCAAAAGUCGUGUUCGUGGAAAGAGUCGAGCACGAAGCAAAAGCAGGGCGAGGAGUAGAGGCAGGGCUCACAGUAGGAGUCGGAGCCAGAGCCGAAGCAAUAAGAGUCAUAUACGCAGCAAGAGCCGGGCCAGGAGGUCCAAGUCGCGAAGCAGCAGUGUAGAAAAGGGCCAUAGCAAAGACAAAAAGAGAAAGAGGAGCCCCAGCCACAACUGCAGCAGCAGCGUUAGCAGCAGUAGCAAUCUCACAGGGAAUCGUCUGUUGGAGGGAUUGAAGCUGGUCAUGGCUAGCAAAGAACUGGAGGACCGAUUGCCCACCCUCAAGGAUGCUAUCCUCACAAUUCAGGCUUCAGAUGAAAGCAAAAAAGUGGAGGGCAUACCUGAUGAUCACAGACACCAGCAACAUGACAGCAAGGACAAUUCCACAUCUUUGGAAAAUGACAGUAUGCUCCUUCCUCACGAGAGAACAGGCAGCGACUUCUCUUGGCUGCAGGCAAAAAGUGAGGACAACUCUGCAGUACUGAAAGCUAAAGAGCUUGAAGAUGAAGAGUCAUUUUUGUAUGGCAAUGAAGAUGCUGAAGGAAAACAAGCAAAUAAAAUGUCUACUGCGCUUUUUGCAACAUUUUCCCAGACUGGAGAGCAUGCCAAACUACAGGAAAUGGAUAGUUCUGGCAGCCAAUUCUAUCAGAACAAGUCCAUGUUCAGUAGCUCUGGGGAUCUGAAGCAAACCCUUCUAAUGACUUCCUCAAACAUAUCCUCUGCCAAUCUGGAUAAUAGUGAAUGUGAGAAGAUCAAGAACAUAUUAAAAAGUCUGGGCACAGUGGACAUCAGUGAUGUCAUGGGUAAGAUGCGGGGGCAACAGGAGGUGAAGAAGCCGACUCCUGCACUUCCUGUUUCAGACCGAGCAGCAGCAGGCAUAGCGCUGCCAGCACUGAGCAACCCCAAUGUACGGCAAGCUCUGGAGUCUUUACAGUCGCUCAUCAAAGCAACAAAGGAGAAACGGGAAAAAUGUGAUGGCAUUGGCACAUCUCAGACAUCUGAUAAACCCAUGGCAUAUGAUGAUGAGGAAAGGAAAAAAGACAAACAAGCCCGGAAAAAUAAAAUGGAAUCGUUGGUGAAAGAGCUGGAGGGAUUGAUGAAACAGGAUGGAUUGAGUUUUCUGACACCAGUGAUUGGGUUUUACUGCCAGAAAUGUGAGGAGUUCAUUGGAGAUUUGAACUGUGCUGAAAACCAUUCAGCUGCCCACCUCCAUAGUAGCUCCAGCAGUCAGAAAGUACAGAUGGACAAGCAUGCUGGAGACAGCAAGGGACACUCACGUCAUCUCAGCAACAACACUCCUCUCCCCCACCCGUCAGACAAGAGAGAUCACAGGGACUACAUGUACAGUAGAAACUCAGGAGACCACAGGAAUCACAGGGACUACCAGUGGGACCACAGGGACGAAAGAGAUCACAGAAGCAAACACAUUGACGAUGGCAGGAGCCACAGGGCUGUGCAGGAAAACAUCUCCCUGAAAGAGGAGAUGAGGAAGGAGAGGAUGCUCAUAACAGUAUCCCGGGGUCUGACACCUCCUCCAAACACCAAGGUGAAGGAGGAGGUGAAGGAGCAGACCAUUGCAGGCCAUAGCAAAGUCAAAGCAGAAGACAUAAAUAGCAAGGGAAAGUCAUCCAAAGGCGGUCGAGAAAAAGAUGGCAAAGAAAAAGAAGAAAAAGAUGAAAGCGGUGACAGUAGUGACGACGAGACAGGAAAAACAUCAGGAAAAAAAACAUCCAAAAAGAAAAAGAAGAAGAAGGAGAAAAAGAAAAAGAAAGAGAAGGAGAAGUCGUAGUUGUUGUAUUAAUGCUUGUCACUUCCCACAUCCAUACAGGACUGAUCCCCGACAUGAUGUUGGUUGCAAUGUUUUCAGCUCACUUCUGGGAAUCAUGUUGUCCUUUCUUAUUCUCUUUCCUCGUUAGUUCAGAAUGUGUUGCUGUAUGUAAGCCAUCACAUCCUGCUUUCCUGUUUUAUUUGUGUAUAAAUAUUCAUCUUUUUCAGUAGCAUUGCUCCUGGGUGUAUAUUUUUCAGCAACCAAAAGUAUUUUAGUGUUACAAAUGCUGUGCGUAUUAUGCAGUUGAGUUCCAUUUUCUUAACUUAAUCUGUAUUUUUAUCUGAAAUACAAGAUGACACACAAGUCUGUCUCCUGUGGUGACUUUCUAAAAUAAAGGAGUACAAUGUGCACAGGAUCAUUUGGUCAUUGAGUGAUUAGAUGAAUGCUUUAUCUGUCCAAAGUGUGUUGGCCUUGAUCAGUUACCGAAACGCAAUCCUUGACCCGUAGUGAUGGAAAGUAAUUGCUGUUGAGAGUAAUGCUCAACGGUUAUGCUGUUUAAGUGUCUCUUUGAGUGAAAGAAGUGCUCCAUGUAUGUUCCUGCGGGUGUUGCAAUGUUCUACAGAGUUCAAGGGCCAUAUUCACAAACAUUCUGAGAACACUCUCAGAGAGCUUCUUACAUUCUCUAAAAAUUUCUAGCCAGGAGUCCU